AUGAAGUUACUUUAUGUUAUCGUCUAUAUCUUAUACGUAACAAGCCCAACUUAUGGCCAAUUGCGAAGUGAGCAGCCUUUGGCAGUGCUGCAAGCCAGUAGAGAUGAUCCAAAAACUCCACUGAUUGUGCUUUCAAAUCCCAUUGCUAAGACAACAUUUGCAGAUUCAAUCAAAUCAGAACAGGAUAUUGAAACCACUUUGGUACCAGAUGCAGCAACAACUGUUCCUCCAGUAACGGAUGCAACGCACUCUACAGGAAAGCCAACUAAGAAAACUCGUCCUCCACAGAAGCAGAAACAAGAUUUAAGUCAUGGACAAAAACAUAAGCUUCCACUGCAGGACUUUUUGCUUAUGCCGGGAAUGUGGGAGAGUUCCCCAAUAACCGUUCCUCAUGGACCGAUGGAGGCAGUGGCUCCUCAACCGGUUUUCUAUCCCGUGCCAGUCUACAUCCCGUAUCCCAUUCCCUUCCAAUUGAUGCAUCCGAUGGGCAGACCGUCCAAGGAACAAGUGGAGGACCAACUCGCAAUGCGUUUCAAUGAGAUGGUGUCUGAAAAUCUUCUUACAAGCUCUUUCCAACUAGACAACGGAUCUGAAUGGCAGAAGAUAACCAAUAAUCGGAUAAGGCCGGCCAACCAAAGUGGCCCAAAAAAGUGGAGGGGUAAAUGGCGCAAAACAACCACAGGUACAACUUCCUCAACAACUAAAGCUCCAGUUACAAGUCCGACAAAGCCACCAAGAUUACUAAUGAAUAGCAGCAGUCAAAGAGAGAGUGAGGUAGAAUCCAUUGAAAACAAUGCGAAUAGUGAAACCACCGAAGCAGCAAGCUAA